CGGACCCUGGCGGCCCCCGCUCAGGCUGAGGGGCUGCGUUUUCGCGUGGGCGGGAGCUGUCGGCGGUGGGGAGCAGCGCUUGGGCUGCGCAGGCUGUACCGGGCUGGAGGUCACCGCCGUCCUCGUCCCCCCAGGAACCCCCCGUCCCCGCGGCAGCGGCUCCGCUGCUGCGGCUGCGAGAGUCUCCUCAGCUAAUCUUACCCGUUCGGAGGAGAGAAAUUCCCUCUCAUUUAAACAACACUGGUAGCGUUUGUUUAGUGAUUCUUAUCUGAGUGGCUUCUCGAAGCUUUUUUUUUUUUUGUUCUGUCUGUGAAUUUCUUUCAUGCAACUUUGUCUAACUCCCUAACAAUAUCUCUUCUGACCUUCCAUAACUUACAGUAUCUUCUUAGUAGCUUUUUUUCUAGUUUAUGGUUUUCGGUUCAUCUUUCUCUUUGUUGUCUGCUUCCUGAAAGCUGAGGUCCAGCUUAUCGAAAAAGUAGGGGCUCCCAACGUGUUUCUCACUGGACUUUUAUGUGAAUAAUUAAUGUGUCUUUAAUUUUUAAUGCUUUGUUACUUGAAUGAGUCAUGACAAUUUAAAUAUUAAAGGAUUUUUAAUUUUUUUAAAGGGAAUUUUUAAAGUUCUGCUUUAGACAGUUUUUUAUGACCUUCUGGAAAGCACUUUGCGGUCUGCUGAUGAGAGGUGAAAUGGAGGAUCCAAUAGGUAUUGGGGGCAUUCUGAAAAUGGGUAGAGGUGGCUUUUGACAUUUACUCGGUCUGUGGGAAGGAACAAGGGAAAUAGAAGUAUCCUUUUUCUGAUGCAUGGUACACAGGCAAAGUUUAUGUCCUGUUGCAGGAACUUAAACUGGGAGUGGGGUUAUGAGAGAAAGAUUCUAGCCGUCCUAAAAGUAAAUGUGUUUGGAGCCCAAAGUUGGUUAAGAAAAGCAGUGUUUGGGAGAGCCAGUAAGUCUUUGGAGCCUUAAUAUAAAUGUUUUCCUGAAUGCUUAUCUCUGUAUGCAAAGUGAAAUUGAAAUAUUUGUACUGCUUAGAAGAUGGCUUGUCCUAAGUGAAUGGUACAUUGCAAUAAGUUACAGUAAUGGUUCAGCUAAUGAAAAAAUGAGCAUAUUGUGUCCAUAAUUAUAUUUCUGUUAUGAUGGGCAGGUUACUUUGUCAUCCUCCUAGGCUUUUUUUUUUUGUAUAGUUAAAGCACUCUUAUGUGCAAUAGUAAAAGCACUCCUAUGUUCGAUAGUAUUUGUGUGUGUGGUGGUGUUUCUUUCUUUUUUUUUUUUUUUUAAUAUCUUUUAACCAGUUACUGAAAGCAGAUAGGAGGUUUGUCUGUCAGUUCUUACAUCAGUAUGUUUUUCUUCUCCAGGAUUGCUCAUAAAAGUUAUCCAAAAAUAAAACAUCACCAUGCAGAGGUUUGAACAUACAGAUUUUGUCAUAGAAAUCUUGCUUUAUGUACGAGAAUAUGAGAUAAAAAUGCAAAGACAAGCUGGAGAAAACACAGCAAUGCUAUCUUACUCAUAGAAACUUCAUGAGAUAGAGUAGCAUCAUGGUGGAUGUAGGAAAGUGGCCAAUAUUUACUUUAUUGUCGCCUCAAGAAAUAGCAUCUAUUCGAAAAGCAUGUGUAUUUGGUACAUCAGCCAAUGAAGCUAUAUAUAUAACACACAAUGAUGAGGUGUUUGUUUUUGGACUGAAUUGCAGUAAUUGUUUGGGAACUGGAGAUAAUCAGAGCACAAUAGUACCAAAGAAAUUAGAAGCCUUAUGUGGAAAGAAGAUUUCCAGUCUCAGUUAUGGAAGUGGACCACAUGUUGUACUUUCCACUGAAGAUGGUGAAGUUUAUGCUUGGGGACAUAAUGGUUACAGCCAGCUUGGGAAUGGCACAACCAAUCAGGGCAUUACUCCUGUUCAAAUUUGCACAAAUCUGUUAAUAAAGAAAGUGGUGGAAGUAGCUUGUGGCUCUCAUCAUUCCAUGGCGUUAUCAUUUGAUGGAGAUCUAUAUGCUUGGGGCUAUAACAACUGUGGUCAAGUUGGAUCUGGAUCUACUGCAAACCAGCCAACUCCUCGCAGAGUUUCAAACUGUUUACAGGGUAAAAUGGUAGUUGGCAUUGCCUGUGGUCAGACAUCCUCCAUGGCUGUAGUAAACAAUGGUGAGGUUUAUGGCUGGGGUUACAAUGGUAAUGGUCAGCUAGGUCUUGGAAACAAUGGCAAUCAACUAACACCAUGCAGAGUGGCAGCAUUACAUGGUGUGUGCAUACUCCAGAUUGCCUGUGGCUAUGCGCACACACUAGCACUAACAGAUGAGGGUUUGCUCUAUGCCUGGGGAGCUAACACUUAUGGGCAGCUGGGAACUGGCAAUAAAAGUAACCAGCUAAGCCCGGUGCAGAUCAUGAUGGAAAAAGAAAGGGUCGUGGAGAUUGCAGCUUGCCACUCUGCCCACACUUCGGCUGCCAAGACCCAGAGUGGCCAGGUGUACAUGUGGGGCCAGUGCCGUGGCCAGUCUGUGGUCCUUCCCCACCUCACUCACUUUGCCUGCACUGACGAUGUGUUUGCUUGCUUUGCUACCCCUGCCGUUAUGUGGCGUCUUCUAUCAGUAGAGCAUGAAGACUUUCUAACAGUAGCAGAGUCUCUGAAGAAAGAGUUUGACAGUCCAGAAACCUCAGACCUGAAGUUCCGUGUGGAUGGAAAGUACAUCCAUGUUCACAAAGCUGUUCUGAAGAUCAGGUGCGAACACUUCAGAACCAUGUUCCAGUCAUACUGGAAUGAGGACAUGAAAGAAGUGAUAGAAAUAGACCAGUUUUCUUAUCCUGUGUAUCGUGCCUUUCUUGAAUACUUGUAUACAGACAGUGUUGACCUUCCACCUGAGGAUGCUAUAGGGCUUUUGGAUUUGGCUACUUCUUAUUGUGAAAAUAGACUGAAAAAACUAUGUCAACACAUUAUCAAGAGAGGAAUUACUGUGGAAAAUGCAUUUUCAUUGCUCUCUGCUGCUGUCAGAUAUGAUGCAGAGGAUUUAGAAGAAUUCUGCUUUAAGUUUUGUGUCAACCAUUUGACAGAAGUGACACAAACUGCAGCAUUUUGGCAAAUGGAUGGUCCUCUACUGAAGGAAUUCAUUGCUAAAGCCAGUAAAUGUGGAGCCUUUAAGAACUGAAACAAGAGGCUGUAAGUUUUGGGUGACUGCAGGGAUUUUUUUUUUUUUUUUUUUUUUUUUUUUUUUUUUUGCAGUUGGCAUGGUGUAACAGUUUGGCAGAACUGUACAGGUAAAAGAAACUAACCCUAACCUGGUCUCUUGUAUCAGAAGAUGUGAAAGUGUGUAUUUAAAAACAAACAAAAAAACCCCAACACUGAAAACAAAUGUUUUGUGUGCUCAAGAAAAGUGAACUGUUUAAAAAAAAAAAUGUCAAGCAAAAUACUCGCUUGCAUUUAGCAACUCAGGAUGUUGGAACCAGCUCAGGACUUCAAAUGGAGGGAGAAAAAUUGCAGCAUGCAAAAGGACUUAUUUUUCAGGCUAGGAGGUUUCAAUCCUAGCAUCAUCUGUUAAUAUUUUAAAUUCAGUACUUGGGGUAUUGGCCUUUUGGGGUUAGAGAAUAGUCUCACCUGAGCCACUGAAUGAUAUCACUUAAAACAUUCACUCCAUGAGAUUAUGACAAAGCAAAUGGCAGAGAUAUCUUUUAUUGCAGUUGCAUGAUUGUGAAUGAAUUUGCCAUUUGCUGUGUGUAAUCAAGUCUCUUUCAGUGCUUAGAAAAGUAUGCAGAAAUAAUGUAUCCUCAAAGCCUACAUAAGUAACUUUGAAGAAAGCGGUAACUAACAGAUCUAAUUGGCAAUAAAGCUCUAUAUUUGGGUAUACCUUAAUAUAAGUUGUAAUGUGUACUUUAUGUAAUCUGUACAGCAAUAUUUAUAAUGGUUAAUGAAAGACUUACCUCUUUGGUGAUGUCAGAUUAAAUUGGCUCCCCUGGAGGGGAAGGGAUAUACUGUUUUGGAAGUGUGGGGUGGUUUUUUUGUGGUGUAUUUUUUGUUUGUUUUUUUGCAUCGAAGUAUUGUAUAAACUUAAAUUACAUGUAAUAAAAUUCACUGUUUUGUACUUA